AUGGCGUCGAACAAGAAGAGUGUGGGGGGUAGUAGACUCGAGAAGAGUGUGAAUGGAAGACGCUCAUCCAAACACAAGGAGGGUCCAGUGGUGGAGGCAGGUGAAGACAGAGCCUUGAUCUCAGAUGCUGUGAUGGACACCAAGGCGGUGUUUGCGGCCCUGUACAGCGUGUGUGAGGAGAACGCCACCUUCUUCUCCGGCGGGGCCAAGGGGACGCAGGGUGACGCGGCCCGGCGGCUGGAGGAUACCAUGAAGCUGAUCCAGGAGCACGGUCGCAGCCUGGAGCCGGUCGUCUCCGGCUUCGCUGCAGUUUACCAUCAUUUUGACUUUGACCCACACGUACCUGCCAAUGGCUAUCGCUCACUGGUCAAGGUCGUGCGCUGCUGCAUUCUCCACAUCAUCCAGAAGGGGCGCUACAUCUCCGCCAACUGCCGCAGCAUCUUCUUUCGGUUAGCACACAAUGCGGCGGAGAUGGAGGCCUACUGCAGCGCUCUGUGCCAACUGCGCGCCCUGCUCUACCUGGCUCAGCGCAUGCUACACGACAACCACCACGGCAACCUUUUUUUCCACGAUGAGAGUGGCCUCAGUGAGAGCUUUGUCCGCGAGUACUCCUCAAUGCACAAGGGCUGCUUCUAUGGCCGUUGUCUUGGCUUUCAGUUCACUCCAGCCAUUCGGCCCUGCCUCCAGACCAUCGCUAUUGGCCUCGUGGCCUUUGGAGAAAACUACAGACGGCAUCAGUCUGGAAUAGUGGAGGCAGGAAGCAUUGCACCAUAUGGUGUCGCAGCCAGCUCUCUAUUUACCUCAGGGAAAUACGCCAUCGACCCAGAGUUGAGAGGGGCGGAAUAUGAACGCAUCACCCAGAACCUGGACAUCCAUUUCUGGAAGAGCUUCUGGAACCUCACCGAGACUGAAGUUCUAUCGAGUCUUGCCAGUAUGACAUCCACGCAAGUUAAGGUGAACCGGGCUCUUUCCAUUCCCGCCGUGCCCUUUGACCUUCCCCUGGCGGCCAACCACAGAGCAUCAGUAACCAUAGCUCCACCAUCAGCACACAUCGGCACUGCUCCGGUUCAGAUGAGGCUCAUCUCGUACGACUUGCGUGAAGGACAGGACAGCGAGACGCUGCUGUCUCUUGCUCGCUCUGAAGGGGGCGCCAUCUCUCUGUCGCUGGGGAUGAAGACCAAGCGCCUCCCCUGUUCUUCCUGCCUCCUGAUCCACUUCCAUGGGGGAGGAUUUGUGGCCCAAACCUCCAAGUCACAUGAGCCUUAUCUGAAGAGCUGGUCCCAGGACCUUGGUGUCCCCAUACUGUCAGUGGACUACUCUCUGGCCCCCGAGGCCCCGUUUCCAAGGGCCCUGGAGGAGUGUUUCUACGCCUAUUGCUGGGCUCUGCGAAACCACCACCUACUGGGCUGGACUGGAGAAAAGGUGUGUCUGGCUGGGGAUAGUGCAGGAGGAAACUUGUGUGUGACGACUUCUAUGCGCGCUGCUGCCUUUGGUGUGCGAAUGCCAGAUGGCCUUGUUGCAAUCUACCCAGCUACCCUGCUGACUGCCUCCGCAUCGCCCUCCCGUCUGCUAACACUUAUGGAUCCCCUGCUGCCGCUGAGUGUGCUCUCCAGGUGUCUCAGCGCCUAUGCAGGCAACGAGCCUCAGACGGAGGUGCAGGUGGAGAAAGUGAGCACGCUGAGCCUGGUGAGGAGAGACACUGCUGUGCUGCUCCGAGAUUUCCGACAGGGAGCCUCCAACUGGAUCCACUCGCUGCUGGAUUCCAACAGAGCCUCCGCCUCUCCCAGCACAGCUGCAGCCAGGCCACCAGGAGCCACUGACACCGUGAGGAAGAGCAUUUCAGAGGCGGCCAUCUCUUCUCCCCACGCCGACCCCCCUGUAGCCCCGGAUACCUCAGAGUUCCUCUCCAGGAAGUUAUCUGUGAAGAGCCAGACGUGCAACGACUUGGGAUCCCACAACAAUUCUACUUCUCUCAGUGCACCGCUGCUCUCCGAGCGCACUCCAGAGGAUGUGAAUUUCUACCUCUCCAAAGACGCAGAUCCCUCCAUGCCGUGGGACCUGUCUUCAGUGGCCAUACCACCCCCUGCUGGAGAGGAGGGGUCGGAGCGGGCGCACUCGAGGGAGUUCCCCCUGGGGUUCGAGCCGCUGCGCUCGGAGCAGCUCUCCGAGAUGAAGAUGCAGAGCUCUCCAGUGGUCAAGGAUCCGUUCUGCUCUCCUCUGCUGGCUCCUGAUAGCUUGCUGAAAGGGAUGCCACCUGUACACAUCGUGGCGUGUGCAUUGGACCCCAUGCUGGAUGACUCUGUGAUGUUUGCCAAGCGUUUGAGGAACAUAGACCAGCCUGUCACUCUGUGCGUGGUGGACGACCUCCCCCAUGGCUUCCUCAGCCUAUCGCAGAUCUGCAGGGAGACCAAGGAGGCUGCCGAUAUCUGCGUGGAGCGAAUUCGUACCGUCUUCACCCAGAAGGACACGCCCCCGGAGCCACGCAAGCACCGCAAGCUGGAACGGACCGAUAGGAGUGCGUCGGCCUCUUCUGGUGAAGCCGGUUCUCUCUUCGUCGGCCCCGUUGAGGGGGAGGGGCUUGCUGUCGGGACGGAGACUAAAACUGCUGGUGGGGAGGGCUUGGUUGCCAUGGCAGCCCAGAACAAUGCUGACGCUGUCGGUGUUGAACCGUAAAUAAGCUUGGAUAAGAAAAAAACCGCAGUUGAUCCGUGGCGUGAAGGGAGAAUGAAAGAGUAAAUGAAAGUCAGACAAAUGUUGAGAGUGAUAGCGAGAGAGACAAAACUAAUUCUAAAAACUUCCUCUGCUUAACAAUUCUCUCCACUUGUUUGCGCUCCAUCAAGCACCGACGAAAUGAAAACACCCACAAGACAAUUGUUUUCGAAUAAAAUGGUAAUUUAGCAGCUACUUAGAUCAAAGACCAGCACUCGCCCACACAUGCAGCACACAUACUUGAUGGAGUUGCAGCUAAGCCUAAAGCAGUGCAUGAGAGACUUAAGACGAAGCCUGAAUGGGUGAUUCUACUCGGCCAAGGCGGUCCUUUGAAGGCCUCAUCGGCUCGGGGUCGGCACGCUGUGUGCUUAUGGAGCCAUCCCCAUCAAAAUAGCCACUUGUCCUUUAGGGAGCAACUCUAAAUCACACUUAAUAACUGCACAUCGUGUUCUCCAUUGUGCCGGUUUGCAAGUCAAUACUGCUCACUUUGUGGAGAGUAACUCUGUGGACUCUCCCAAAUCAAAUUACAACGCCAAAACGGGACCGACUGAACGGCUCCAAACUGAAUCAAUUGAUUUACUUCCUUCUUGAAAUUGUUGCUGUUUUUAAAUCAUUUUAACCCUAUGCAAUAGAAAUACUCUAGUUAUUUCUUAUAGAAGUACUCUAGUUAUUUCUACUUUUUUCUUCUUCUAUUGCUGUAUUUUAAUCCUUCAAUCAUCACAUGUUUUGUUACACAAUACUGUGUAAUAUUUUUGCUAUUUAUUCUAGUUUUGAAUGUGCUCAAUAUUUACCUCUGCUGCUUUAGCAGAGCUGCUCCGACGUCCCCGGCCCCUCCAAUUACACUCAAAUCCUCGUCUCGGCAACGCAUGCCGAUAGGAUAAUGUGGAAUAUUACACAGCCCCGUCUAGACGCUGCCUGCUGAUUUUUGUAGUGCUGAUAAAACAAAUGCAAAGAUUGCAUUUUGUUAAACAGUGGAAUCGGUGCAGAUGCAGCUGGGUUAUUUUCUGAAGAGUACUUGCUAUAAAAUGUGGGUCCCAUCAUCCUCAGAAGUCUUUUAGGAGCAAGCAUUGCUCUCGGCGGUCUGUAAUACGCUAAAUGUUUAAAUAGUUUUUAUUUCAGCAAAGGAAAUAAUUGGUUAACAUUCUCCUGCUGCAGAACUAAAGCCAGACAGAGAAGGUCUAAAAGCCCUCGGCUAUCGCGGCACCGUCUCAACCCCAGUGCCCUGAUCUGAGGAUGUCCCCGCUCCCCGACAGGCGCUCUCGCUCACUUCUCUGCACAGUAUGCGCCGUGUCAAAGUACCGCUUCUCCUGAGUCGGGGGAUUUCCUGCCUGACGAUCUGUUUCUUCAAAUCCGAAGCUCUUAGGCCAAGCUCAAGGACAGGAGAAGAUUGCAGGGGUUCCAUGUAAAAGCAACCGCAUUUUUAUUUGCCCAACUAAAUGUCUGGUGGACCGGGUUUUCUUUUCCUUUUCGUUCUUCUCCCCGCCAUCACAUUGUGUGACUGACUUUGUUUUCAAUUACCUGAGGCCACUGCUCUGAGUGCGUCUCCACCCAAAGCAAUUUGAAGUACACAAAAAUGUCCUUUUUGGAGGGUUAGUCCCUCAGGUCCAACUAAAUAUAGAUGCCAACAAUGCUGGCACGGUCCUGCCCUUGCCUGGCAACCGAGCUCAGGUUGCCAGGUCUGCAGAGAAGGAUGCUGGGUGAUGAAUAGGAUUUAGCUGAAGCUCCAAGUGCAAAAUCCUCUCCCCGUAGAAGAGCAGGAUUUGAAGCAGCAAAGUCAUGCUACGGGAUUAGACCGUGCUCACUUCUGGCAGCUCGGAGUACUUACUGCACAUUUUUUUUAGUCAGAUGGAUGGAGAGAACCGGGGGCGUGAAGAGAAAGAAAGUAAGACUCGUCCUCUCGGCAAUACUGGGCCGAGGUUUGGUCUCUUUGCUAGUCGCUGCUUAUGCUGACGCUGCACUUUUUCAGUAGUUUGUCAAUCCGUGCAAAUGUAUUUAAAACUUGUAUACAUGUCUCUUUUUUUUUUUUUUUAGUUGGUGCCUGUACGUGAGGCUCAAGAGGAGUCUGCAUGCACACGUUCACAUGAUCACACUCGUCUCUGUGCUGCGUGAGAAUCAUGAAUAUGUGAGUUCUCUUUGUGUGCGAUGCGUGUUCUGUUCACAUCAAACAAGAAAUGGCACUUUACAGUUAGAGACUAUAAGUGGUAGACAUAGUUUGCUGUUGAAAGCAAUCUUAAGCCGCUAUGACACUGUUUUUUCGCGCGUGGUAUGUAUCGACUGAACUUCUCAAACAAUCCCGAGUACGCCGAUGACGCCCAGUCGGGUUGAGUGGUUGUUGUGCACAUCUUAGUGGUUGAGCUGUUAGAAACCGUCGAAGAAAAUGUGUCAAAUUCACCCACUUGCUGUUUACUGGCUGCCUCUUGCCCUCGAUGACCACUCGUGCAUCGGGCUCACCCGACUGAAGCUGAUGCACCAGAGAGCCCAUCUGGACUAAUGCGUCUGCUCUGUUUCAGUUUCCCAUAUUUCUGGCAUUUUUCGGGUUUUGCCGAUGCAUCCUCUCAAUGCGUCCUGCAGAAUGGAUCUGAAAUGCACGACUCGGUAUUGUUUUAUUUAGUGUUGCUAUGCCUAACAUCUGUCUAUUUGUUGAUGAACCACAGACCAACUGUUUUCUGUAAAUGUCCUUGUGAGUGCAAACGAGUUGUCAUAGUUGAGUCUGUUUGGUUGUUCGGCGUACCUCCAGUGUUGGUCUUUAAAAGCUCUUCUCCCUCGGGCCGAAGUGCAACGCAAAGUACAAAGCUGCUGACACGAUGCGCUAACUGCCUCCACAUUUAUAGUAAAGCUAUGCAAUGACGCACCAGCGUGACGCCAUCGUCUCAGUGUCACUUUGCUCAGCCAGAAAUGCUGCCAUGCCAUUUAUUGUCGCGUCCCAGUGAAACCAGCAUCCGGACCACACCACUGGGUUCAAACAGCGUUACUUUACAUCGAUGCGGCUGCGCCUGACCUCAACCACGUGUUUACUAACGGUAAAUACUAAAUCAGUCAGUUGGAUCCUAAAUGUGUUGUUGGUUUUGAAACGGAACCAAAGACCGCAGCCACAGUCUCGGAACAGAUGUGCUGCUCAUGCCGUUUAGUGUUUCCCGUUAACCGGUAUCGUAAAAAAAAAAGCGCUAGCCGGUGCCAUAGACUGUCUGCACUCCAAAUGCAAAUUGCUCUGCUCUGUAAAAUGUAAUUCUGAUGUAGAAUAUGAUGAGUCUUUAACAAAUAAAUUAUCAUAAACAAGCCAUAGACUAUAAACGAGGAUGAUUUAAGUGUACUUAAAACUGUACAAUUGUUGUUUUAUUCAAAAAACCACAAGUGUAAACCUGUGAAUACAAAAAACAAAUGUAUAUUGAAUGAUAUAUAUGAUUCAUGUAGAUAUUUUGACUUUCAGAUGUGUUAAUCGGAUUGAUUUGAUUGCAGGUUUCUUGCUACAAAGUGGCGUCUGAUUCUCAUCCUCUGUUGAUUUUUAUCUAAAUAAAUAUAUUCUCCCAUGA